UUGAUGUUUUAAAAACCUUUUUAUUUUAAGAUUGUGAGUCAUGACGUGAACAGAUCUAAAUCUAAAGAUGGGUUCGAGUGAGAAGUUUUGUUUGCGUUGGAACGAUUUCGAGUCGAACAUUAGCAUUUCCUUUCGAGAACUUCGAGAUGAUAAAGAUUUCUUCGAUAUUACCCUGGCGUGUGAGGACGACCAGGUUCAGGCUCACAAGGUUAUUCUCUCCGCCUGUAGUCCAUUCUUCAGAUCUAUUCUGAAGAGGAAUCAACAUCAGCAUCCACUCCUAUACUUGAAGGGAGUCAAAUUUUCCGAACUCCAGGCUGUACUAAACUUCAUGUAUCAGGGUGAGGUGAAUGUAGCACAAGAAGAUUUAAACUCAUUCCUCGCCGUCGCAGAGGAACUUAAAGUCAAAGGUUUAACCCAGUCCAACACUAAAUCCUCCCCUCAACCUAAACACAGGAGCCGGGAUCCUCCUGAGAAUGAUUCUGCUCCUCCUCCUCCCUCCAAGCGUCCUCGUCAAUCUAACAGUGCUGUGAAUACCAAAGUAAAGAGCUAUGAACCCGAGGUUCAGGAGAUGAUACCUAAUGUGAAAUCUGAACCCGUCCAACCUGAAGUACAAAGUAUGGCUGCCGUUGAGCCCUACCAGGCUGGCGGAGAACCCCUGGUAGAGUAUGGUGAGGACUAUGGGGACUAUGAUGGUGGAUACGAAGGAGAUGCUGGAUAUGAUGACUCAAUGAUGGAUUCAACUAUGACGGGAACACCAAGCGCGGACGGAAAUAAAGAUAUAUUUGAAUCUGUGACCAGCGCGCUAGUUACGCCCCGGGUCGACCCUCAACAAGGAAAGAUAUGGGUAUGCGUCGAAUGCGGUAAAUCAUCAAAGAAAAGGCCCAAUAUUCAGUGUCAUGCCGAGGUUUACCACGUUGAGGAAGAUUCAAGCAGAUACUCGUGCAAAAUCUGCUUUAUUAGGAAAGGCACCUACAAGGCACUAUCCAAGCACUGCUAUAAGGAGCAUCGAAUUCAACCCUACAUAUCCAGAUCUUAGAGUCUACACAUCUACAUAUAUCCAGAUAUUAGAGUUUUCUAAGCUACAUAUAUUCAUAUCUUAGAGUCUACAAAGCUACAUAUAUCCAGAUGUUAGAGUCUACACAGUUACAUAUAUCCUGACAAGAGUCUACACAGCUGCAUAUAUCCUGAUAUUAGAGUCUACACAGCUACGUGAAUUUCCAGAAUUUGCAGACUUACUCCAACUAGGAGGGAUUUAAAAUCUCUUUCCUGAUAUCCAGAUCAUAACUCUACACAGCCAUAAAUCUUGAGUUAUUUAGCUACAUAUAUCUAGAUUUUGGGUUUAUUAAGUUACAGAUAUCCAGAUCUUGGGUUUAAUUAGCUACGAUAUCCAGAUCUUGGGGUUAUUAAGUUACAGAUAUCCAGAUUUUGGGUUUAUGACGUUACAGAUAUCCAGAUCUUGGGUUUAAUUAGCUACGAUAUCCAGAUCUUGGGGUUAUUAAGUUACAGAUAUCCAAAUCUUGUGUUUAAUCAGCUACAGAUAUACUGACUUGGGUUUAAUCAGCUACAGAUAUUCUGAUCUUGGGUUUAAUCAGCUAAAGAUAUCCAGAUCUCGGGUUUAAUCAGCUAUGUCUAGCUAGAAAUCCUUACAAAUGAAUCAUUGAUCACAUCUCGUAUAUCUAGAUCUUUAUAAAUAAG